AUGGAUAACAGAAACAGAGCUAAAAGAAUAGUGAAUAUGGCAUUGCAAUCUUCGCCGCCGCCAUCUUCAUCGACUUCAACAAAUGAAGAUUUUUCAAGUGAUCAUUCUUGUUACCAUCCACAGCAAAAUAUAGAAAUUUCCACAGAAUUAGAAGACAGUGAAGAUAAUGAAGAAAGAAAGGAUCCAGAGGGUCCUAUAGGUAACUUGGGGGAAAUAAAUCAUCCAGAUUCCGAUGAACCUGUCAGAGGAAGAAAAAGAGUUCGGAAUUUCGACAGAUGGGCAAAGAAUAUAAGGAAGCGAAAAAGAAAUGCAGGCCAAGAAUAUCGCAACGUACGAGGUAGUAUUGUCCCAGCUAAAGUAUUUACACCAGUUGUAUGCAGCUGUAGGUUCAAAUGCAGUGAGCAGGUUUCAUCUGAAAAUCAAGAAGCAAUACACGUAAUGUUUUAUCAGCUCACCUAA